AUGCUGUAUACUUUAGCAGGAGGAGGCACGCUCUGUGGCGUGGCCGCCCUCGUGCUUCUCAUCGUUUCUACGGCAACGGACUUCUGGAUGCAGUAUCGAUACUCGGGUAGCUCGGCCAAUCAGGGCCUUUGGAGGUUCUGCAUCAACCACAAAUGUCAUGCCCACACUAUAACUGUAGCCUUCUGGGAUGCAACGCGGGCCUUCAUGCUGUUGGCGGUGCUGAGCUGUUUCGCCGGUGUGGUGCUCGGCCUGAGCGCCUUCACCAACGGCACCAAGAACCGGAGGGUCCGCACCGGCGGCAUCGCCCUGGUGCUGUCAGGUUUCCUUGCUCUGCUGGCUUUGGCAAUCUACACCGGUGUGACCGUCACUUUCUUUGGCAAACGCUUCUUGGACUGGCGCUUUUCCUGGUCCUACAUCUUAGGCUGGGUGGCCAUCCUGUUGGCUUUUGCUGCAGGCGUGUUCCAGCUCUGUGCUUAUCGGCGGACUACUGCAGAACCUGCUCCUUCAAACAACCAGGAAACCUGA